UAAACCAAACAUUGCCUACUUUCUUUCUUCCAAAAAUUAAAAGAAAAAUCUCUAGUCAAGUCAUGGAAGGUUCACUUACAAUCCCUAAGACCACCAACUCAGUACCUGAUCAUGUUAAUAGGCGUUCAGCAAAUUUUCAUCCAAGCAUUUGGGGUGAUCGUUUUUUGUCAUAUGCUCCUAACUCCAUGGAAAAGUCAGCAGAAGCCGAAAUCACCAACAAGAUUCUAGAGUUAAAGGAGGAAGUGAAGAAGAUGGUUGUAGGUCCUGUGGAAGAUCCUUCAAAAAAAUUGAAUUUGAUCGACACAAUUCAACGCUUGGGCGUGUCUUACCAUUUCGAGAAAGAGAUCGAAACCGUUUUACAUCAAAUUCAUGACAACACCCUUUACAACUGCCCUCAAAAUGCAGAAACCUAUGAUGAUGACCUUCAUACCGUCGCUCUUCGCUUUCGGUUGCUUAGGCAACAAGGUUAUCCCGUUUCAUGCGACAUAUUCAAGAAUUUCAAGAACACUGAAGGGAAAUUCAAGGAAGCACUUGCGAGUGAUAUCCGAGGAAUAUUGAGCUUGUAUGAAGCGACGCAUCUAAGGGUGCACGGGGAGGACAUUCUAGACGAAGCACUUGUCUUCACUACCCCUUGCCUUAAGUCCGCGGCAUCCAGCCGCCAUUUGAGCCCUAGCUUUCUUAUCGAGCAAGUAACUCAUGCCUUGAAACAACCUAUUCGAAAGGGCUUGACAAGGCUAGAGGCGAGGCAUUACAUGUCUGUUUACCAACAAGACCCUUCACAUAACAAGGUUCUCUUAAAUUUCGCAAAGUUGGAUUUCAACUUGUUGCAGAAAGUUCACCAGGAGGAACUAAGCCAUAUUGCAAGGUGGUGGAAGGAAUUGGAUUUUGCAAGGAAGCUGCCUUUUGCAAGGGAUAGAGUGAUUGAGUGCUACUUUUGGAUUUUGGGAGUUUACUUCGAGCCUGAGUAUGGCUUUGCGAGGAGGACACUAACAAAAGUGAUUGCCAUGACAUCAGUUAUUGAUGACAUAUAUGAUGUCUAUGGAACACUUGAAGAGUUGGAGCUCUUUACUGAAGCAGCAGAAAGGUGGGAUGUUAGCGCCAUGGAUAAGCUUCCAGAGUACAUGAAAGUCUGCUACAAGGCACUGUUGGAUGUUUACGAUGAAAUUGAAGAAAAUCUUGCCACUGAGGAUGGAAAAUUAUAUCGGCUAGGCAAUGCUAAAGAAGCAAUGAAACGUCAAAUCAGAGCAUACUUCCACGAAGCAAAGUGGUUCAACCUUAAUUACACGCCAACAAUGGAAGAAUACAUGCCACUCGCACUUGUUACCUCUGCCUAUGCAAUGUUAGCCACCACAUCUUUCGUUGGAAUGGGUGACAAUGUCGCAAAAGACUCUUUUGAAUGGUUAUUUAGUAACCCUAAGCUUGUUAGCGCUUCCGAAAUAGUUUGCAGGCUCAUGGAUGAUAUAGUGUCCCACAAGUUUGAGCAAAAGAGAGGGCACGUCGCUUCUGCUGUAGAGUGUUACAUGAAACAACAUGAGGCCACUGAAGAAGAAGCAGUAAAAGAUCUUUGGAAACAAGUGAUUAAUGCAUGGAAGGACAUAAACGAAGAGUGCUUGUACCCAAUCAGUGUCCCAAUGCCUCUCCUAAUGCGAGUUGUUAAUCUUGCACGUGUUAUUGAUGUCAUUUACAAGGAUGAAGAUGGCUAUACACAUUCUGAUGUGGUCCUCAAGGAUUUUAUAGCGUCUAUGCUCAUUGAUCCUGUGCCAGAAUAAGCAUCCAAUUGUAGAAGGGUUCAUAAAUAUGCUUGUAAUGAAAUAAUGGCAAUUAUAAAUUGUCCCUACUUUUCUUGGGUGAUCAGAAUUAACUAUAUGCCCAAGGACUAAAUAAAAUCUGUUUCAUAAUGUUGUAGCAAAUUAUAUUGUAUCUUUUUGG